GAGGGGCGUGGCGCGUGUUGGCGUGACGGAGGUCACAUGGUCCCGUCUGUCACGUGACCGGCAGCUCCCCCGGAAGUGAGGACACGGGGAGCAGUAAGAUGGCGGCUGUGCCGGGAGCGAUGGUGAACUCGAUGCGUCUCCGGAAUCAGCUGCAGUCCGUGUAUAAGAUGGAUCCGCUGCGGAACGAGGUGGUGAAAGUGAAGAUAAAGGAGCUGAAUGAACACAUUGUGUGUUACCUGUGUGCCGGGUACUUUAUAGAUGCCACAACCAUCACUGAAUGUCUGCAUACAUUCUGUAAGAGCUGCAUAGUGAAAUAUCUGCAGACCAGUAAGUACUGUCCUCUGUGCAAUAUAAAGAUCCACGAAACCCAACCACUCCUCAACCUGAAACUGGACCGAGUCAUGCAGGACAUUGUCUACAAGCUGGUGCCUCGCCUGCAGGAAAAUGAGGACAGCAGAAUCCGGGAAUUCUAUCAGUCACGAGGACUGGAACGAGUCCUGCAGACAAGCACAGUUGAAGAUCCGGUGGUGGAUGUAUCUCGGCUGUCUCUCUCACUGGCCGUCUCUCAGAGUACAUCACACUAUUACAGGAAUGAUGAACACGUCUGUCUGUGCCUGGAGAAAUUGGGGGCUGGAAAGGACAAGAAGAAGUUCAUCUUGCAGGCUGAUGUCUCUUUACAGCAGAAAUAUGUCAGGUGUUCAGUGCGGUCAGAAGUUCGUCACCUGCGCAGGGUUCUCUGUCACCGCCUUGGUGCACCGUUCCCACAGGUUCAAUUGUUGUUCGACAAUAAGACCUUACCUGACAAUAUGACCAUGAAGCAACUGUGGCUGUCUCACUGGUAUGGCAAGCCGGCUCCCCUCGUUCUGUCCUACAGUGUGAAGGAGAAGAGGAGGUGACACAGACCGAUAACCUGAACUAUAUCCAUUGUCCAUAUGUAUAUACAGAAGAGUUCUCCUUUAUUGGCCAGUGGGCUGUGUGAAGAUGGUGGAACGGGGUAGUCUGCCCACCACUCUGAGGACCCCCAGCCUGUCCGUGCCUUUACGCUUUUAUAUAGGCUAUUUUUAGAGUGAAAAGUUUAUUUUGUGUUUUUUAUUUAAUAAUAAUAAUAAUAAUAAUAAUAAUAAUAAUAAAAAAAAGCUAUUUUCAUGAAUGACCAUUU